AUGGCUAUUGUUCAGGGUGUUCAGUAUGAUCCACAGGGUGAUAAAUUUUUAGGUGAUGUAACACUGCCAGAACACGAGGGAUAUGCAAGUCAAGCAUUCGUCUUUGUACUUGGUGGUAUCACUAGUCGAUGGAAACAAACUGUUGCAUAUUUUUUCAGUGGAAAUUCAUGCAAAGGAGUUGUAUUACAUGAUAUUAUCCUUAGCAUUAUCAAAGAAGCAGAAGACAUAGGUCUGAAAAUUAUAUGCAUUACAUGCGACAUGGCUAGUGCAAAUAGAGCAAUGUGGAAGGCCUUUGGGAUCAAUGUGGGCAAAUAUGCAGAGACUAUUAAUAAGAUUGUUCAUCCUUACGAUUCAUCUAGAUCUAUCUACUUCAUAGCAGAUCUGCCACAUAUUUUGAAAAAUUUCCGUGCUCCCCUGUUAAAUAAUGUAAAUAUUAUUCUAUCAGCUGACACUGUUCAUAAAUAUAAUCUACCAACGAAUGUUGUGGAUUUGCAUCAUAUUAUUAAUUUAGCUAACUAUCAAAGUGAUUGUGAGUUGAAGUUAGCACCUGAAUUAACUUUACAGCAUCUUAGUACACAUCAUUUUCAGAAAAUGAAAGUUAAUAUUGCC